AUGGGUAAAAAGGCAAAAGGAAAGAUAAUUAAUAAGAAGGGCCUCAAGGGAGCUCUAAUUAGACAUGAAGCUAAAGAAAAAUUACGUAAAAAAGAAGACAAAUUGAUAAAUGUUAAAAAGGAAAACCAAAAAUUGAAAGAGAAGUCUAUGAAAAAUGGAAAUAAAAAGACGGGAAAAGCUCAAUUGAUUGACACUAAGGCAUUUAUACCAUUCAAUAAAGAUGAAAAGGUUUUACUUGUCGGGGAAGGGGAUUUCUCAUUUGCAAUGUCUUUAGUAGAGGAGGAUUUCAUUAAACCAGAUAACUUGAUCGCAACCAGCUAUGAUUCUGUUGACGAGAUUAAUUUGAAGUACCCAGCAGCAAAAGAGAAACUUGAGUUUUUGAAAUCUAGGGGGGUUAAAUUACUUCAUGAUAUAGAUGCAACUUCCCUUGUAAAGUCAUUGAAAUUGAACCCUUCGAAUAAGAAAAAAACUGGGGGAAAGCAGUUGUUUGAUGAUGGUGGCCAGUUGAACAAAAUCAUGUUCAACUUCCCUCACACCGGACGUGGAAUGAAAGAUGUGGAUAGAAACAUAGCAGAUCACCAGAAGUUGAUUUUAGGAUAUUUCAAAAGUUGCAAAGAGGUGUUCAGCGUUAUUAAUAAAGACUUCACCUCUGAAUACGGUGGUUACUUAACAGACAAGAAUAAUGGUAAAAUAAUAAUUUCAGUAUUCGAAGGAGAACCAUAUAGAUCAUGGGAAAUUAAGUCUCUCGGAAGAAGUCAAGAAUUCAUGGUAGAAAGAUCAGGUAAGUUUCAAUGGCUGAUGUUUCCCAGUUAUCAUCAUAAAAGAACUAAUAGCGAAAGGGACACCACAAAGCCAGCAUCUGAGAGAAGUGCUAGGAUAUAUGUUUUCUCAAGCAAGAAAGCCAUUGAUUCAAACAAGAACAAUGUCGAUGGAGCCUCCUCCGAAGAAGACUAA